UGAUCCAUGUUUGGUCUCUUUUGCUAGGUUUCUUUCGAAUUUUUAUAAAAGACAAUGGCUUCUACAAUUAGAGGUGGUGGUAGAAAGAGGGAUCCUAUGUGGAAACAUGGCACACCAGGUGCAGUGGCAGGAGAGGUUAUUUGUAACCAUUGCAGGAAAACUAUGACCGGUGGAAUAUACCGACUCAAAAUUCACCUUGCACAGAUCAGUGGACAAAAUAUUACGGUAUGUGACAAUUGUCCUGAAGAGGUUCAAAGGGAGGCAAAAGCAAAACUUUCAGAAUUUGAGCAAAAGAAAGUAGAAAAAAAGAGGACAGCAGAGGCAAUGACAGCCCCAGAGAGGAAUAUUAGUUCUACAGAGUCAGAAAAUUUUGGGGUGGGCAGCAAUACAUCUGGUUUUUUCAUUCCUCGUAACACUCCUGGUGCACAACCUGGAUUGUUAGGUACUUCAUGGAAUAAGGAAGUGCAUCAGCAGACAAGAGCGGCAGUGGCUAGAUUUUGGAUUUACAACAAUAUUCCGUUUAGUAUUAUUGAGAGUCCAUAUUGGGAGCAAAUGGUCAGUGGAUUGACCAUUUCUGGUAAGGGGUUCAAGUCCCCAAGUCGUUAUGAGUUGAGUGGGCCAUUAUUGCAAGAUGAGGUCCAAAACACACAUCAGCUGGUGGAACAACAAAGGAGGAAUUGGGAAAGGAAUGGCUGCACCAUUUUAUCUGAUGGGUGGACGGAUAGUAGGAAUAGGACACUCAUAAACUUUCUAGUUGCUUCAGGGGGACAGGUGGUAUUUUUAAAAUCGAUUGAUGCCUCAGAUCAAGUGAAGAAUGCAGAGACCUUGUGCAACAUGUUGGAUGAGGUGGUGACCGAAGUGGGAGUGCAGAAUGUUGUUCAGGUUGUGACCGAUAAUGCAGCUGCAUAUGUGGCAGCGGGUAAACUUCUACAGGCUAGGCAUCCGUCAUUAUUUUGGAGCCCUUGUGCUGCUCAUUGCCUUGAUUUACUCCUCGAGGACAUAGGGAAACUUAGUUGGGUGAAGAAUGUGGUUGAAGAUGGAAGGGAAAUCACAAAGUACAUAUACAACCACACAUGGGUCUUGGAGCUUAUGAGACAACACACUGAUGGUAAGGAUCUUGUGCGUUCAGGAGUCACACGUUUUGCCACGAAUUUCCUCAACUUACAGAGCAUAUUACGUGCAUUGCCCAACCUGAAGAGGAUGUUUGUGAGUGAAAGAUGGUUGCAAAGCCCUUAUUGUAGGAAGCCUGAAGCAGAGAAGGUCGUGAAGGCCGUUUUUGAUGAUAGAUUUGCCAAACUCAUGGAGGAGAUCAUCAAUUUGUCAGAACCGUUGGUGAGGGUUCUACGAAUGGUGGAUGGGGAUAAAAGCCCCAUAGGGUAUCUAUAUGAGGCCAUGGAUAAGGCCAAAGAGGCAAUUCAGCACUUGUAUGGGUCAGAGAGGACUAAAUAUGAACCCAUAUGGCGCAUAAUUGAUCGAAGGUGGAACCGACAACUCCACCAACAUAUCCAUGCUGCUGCCUACUAUUUGAACCCCAAGUUCUUUUACUCCCGCAGUUUCAAAAUAGAUCAGGAGGUUCAACUUGGCCUUGACACAUGUAUUCAGAGGUUGGUUCCUAAUGAAAAUAUUCAAGACCUCAUUGUUGAUGAGUUGCAGAGGUACAAGAAGGGAGAUGGGCCAUUGUUUUCUUCACCUAUUGGUAUUCGUAAAAGAGACACCCUGUUGCCAGAUCUGUGGUGGGAAGAUUAUGGUGCCACAACGCCUAAUCUUCAAAAGCUUGCAAUCCGCAUAUUAUCUCAGCCUUGUAGUGCUUCUGGUUGUGAGCGCAACUGGAGUGUCUUUGAGGCCAUUCACACAAAAAAGCGCAAUAGGUUGACUCAGAAGCAUUUGAAUGACCUUGUAUAUGUGCGGUACAACCUUCGACUGCAUGAAAAGAGGGUACAAGGGAACAAUUCAUAUGACGCACUUGACAUUGAUGAGAUUGAUCCAUACACAGCGGAUUGGAUUGCUGAACUUGAUGGUGCUACUGGUGAUAUUGAUGUGGAUGCAUUUAUCACUGAUGCUCAGUUAGAUGAGAUGGAGAGGGAGGCAGCUGAAUGGGCGGCAGAGGUGGCAGAACGUGAGGAGGCGGGAGAUGAGUUUGUUGAUCCAGAAGAGGCAGAUUCAUCACCAGUUGAGGAUAUUGCAGCAGCAGCAGCAGCUGCUGCAACACCAUCUACUUCAGCAUCCACUCAGCGGCAACAGAGUUUUUUGAGCUUUAGUCGCAAACGCAAUCUAUGAUUUCCAGUUUUCAAUGAUAUGAAACCAUGAACUUAAUAUGUAUUCAGACUUCACUGAUUUGUUUUGUGGGCUAGGCUCUACAAUAUGGAUUUGACUCAAUCGUAUUUACUGUUUAGAACUUGAACUUGUUUUUUUGGUAUAUCACUUUGCUAUAUGCCAUAUGGUAUGUAUUUGACUUGAAGUCUCAAACUAUGAUUUAUAUAUGAUGGAAACCAGUAAUAUGCUAUUGUGUUCU